AUGCUGCAUCUGUUCUGGCCUGGGGGCUCCUGGGGACUCCGGAUGCUUGUUUGCUUCCUGCAGCUGAACAGUCGCCCGGGGUGCUGCAGCGACAUUACUGCCCACGAUGGUCAGGACCAAGUGGGAGUGGGGCAGUUCUGGUCCCUCCAAGGACUUACCACCCCAGUCUUCCAGAAUUUACAAGUCAUACUCCAGCAGAUUGUACCCCAGGGUCUUUUCUGGAAGAAUGACAUCACUCAAGAUAUAUUCCCCCAAAUGGAGCACUUCAACCCCCAAAAUCCAUGCCUGAGGGAUGAGAAGGCAGCUUUCCCCACUAAACUCACUAGGGGGAAGGGCAAACAAAAGGAGAAAAUUCGACUCCUUUUCCCUAAGGUGAGACCCAUCCCUGUGGCCAAGGUGAACAAAGAUCAGUGCUUUACCUCCAGAGUGGUUUCUAAGGCUCUGAAGCGAGAAGUGGCCAACCCUGUCAAGGGCUUCUUUGGGCCAUUUCCCACUGCGGAACGAAAUCUUGUUGCCGACUGA